CUCCGAUUCUCAUGUGUCCCUGUGGAGGCGCCAUCUGCAUUAAUAAAAUGAUUCCGCGCGGAACCUCUUGGUCCCACUUCUGGUUCAAACUUCGUUGAGGGAACAUCCAGAAGCCGUCACACACAUUGAACAGCAAUGGCUGAUCUCAGCGCAAAGGACGUCGAACGGGCGGAAUUCGCCUUCUCCAUCUACGAUUUCGAUGGAUCGAACACCCUCGACGCCGUCGACCUUGGAAACGUACUUCGCGCCCUUAACCUGAACCCGACGAAUGCGACCAUCGAGAAAAUGGGAGGCACCAAGAAGAAGGGAGAGAAACUUUUGAAACUCGACGAAUUCCUUCCCAUCUACAGCCAGGUCAAGAAAGACAAGGACCAAGGAUGCUACGAGGACUUCCUUGAGUGUCUGAAAUUGUACGACAAGAGUGAAAAUGGCACGAUGCUCGCCGCUGAGCUCACCCACACACUCCUCACCCUCGGUGAACGUCUCACUGACGCCGAAACCGACGAGGUCAUCAGGGACUGCAUGGACCCCGAAGACGAGGACGGUUUCAUCCCCUAUGCCCCAUUCCUGAAGAAGCUGAUGUCGUAAAUCAAGAAAUCACCAUCGAUCCGCGAAUCCGUUUCUUAAGAGAAUGUGUGACAAAGCAGCUGCCACAGCCAACCCCGACGAAUAAAGAUCAGACGUCAUUUUUCAUCGAUCAAAAUUCAUAAUUGAAGUGGUUGAAACAGCGAGCAACAACGAACAAAGAAAAACUAAAAAAAACCUACAGGAAAUAACAAGAAGAAUAUUGAAAUCUGAUAAACAAGAUUACCGAAUAAAUCAAAGAUAGUAUAAAAACAGAAUUUUUGGGAUACAUCUAGCAAUCUACGCCAGGACAAAAAAAUAUUUCAAAAGACGAAGCGAACUCAAAAACUGUUCAGGGUCCUCGACCUUUUGACAACCACUUGUAUACGCCUAUUUAAUUUAUUCAAUAUCAUCGUAUCAACAAAUUUCAUGAUCGUUUAUAAUAUAAUUAUUGUAACUUAAACUUGUUUAGAUAUUUUUAUUUUCUCCGCUCUAAUUAUUAUAUGAAUUAUACAUCUACUGUACGUACUAGA